AUAUAACACACCGACUUAACUAUACAGGAACCACCACCCAGCACAAACAUAGGAUAGCAGUUAAGGUUAAUAGCAUUAAUAUGGCUUAAUCUGUAAUCGUCAGAUCAUAGCUUUAUAGUGGGAGCACAUGUAAUGCAGCUAUCUGAGCAGAAAGCAUUUUCUUUGUGGUGAGAGACAGCACUCUCACAAACCUUACUGAGAACAAACCAGACUUCCUGUCUCUCACACAGUCAGGGUUGUCUAACAAGGAGAAAACAUGUCUCAGGCCGACAAAAUGAAGCAGGGCCAGUUCAACAACCCUGAGACCCCAGGGUACGUUGGAUUUGCCAACCUGCCAAAUCAGGUUCAUCGCAAGUCAGUUAAAAAAGGAUUUGAGUUUACGUUGAUGGUGGUAGGUGAAUCUGGACUUGGAAAAUCUACCCUGAUCAACAGCCUGUUCCUCACUGACCUUUACCCCGAAAGAGUCAUCCCUGGAGCUGCAGAGAAGAUCGAGAGGACAGUUCAGAUCGAGGCGUCGACAGUAGAGAUUGAGGAGCGAGGAGUGAAGCUCCGCCUCACCGUGGUCGACACUCCGGGAUACGGAGACGCCAUCAACAGCCAAGACUGUUUCAGCACCAUCAUCAGCUACAUUGAUGACCAGUUUGAACGCUACCUCCAUGACGAGAGCGGUCUAAAUCGUAGACACAUAGUUGACAAUAGAGUUCACUGCUGCUUCUACUUCAUCUCCCCGCUGGGCCAUGGCCUGAAGCCCCUGGAUGUUCAGUUCAUGAAGGCCAUUCACAAUAAGGUCAACGUGGUUCCUGUCAUCGCCAAGGCGGACACGCUCACCCUCAGAGAGAGGGAGAGGCUCAAGCGCCGGAUUCUGGAUGAGAUCGAUGAACACGGGAUCAAGAUCUACCAUCUUCCUGAUGCUGAGUCUGAUGAGGAUGAAGAUUUCAAAGAGCAGACCAGGAUCCUGAAGGCCAGCAUCCCUUUCGCAGUUGUGGGAUCCAACCAGCAGAUUGAGGCCAAAGGGAAGAAGGUGAGGGGCCGCCUGUACCCCUGGGGGGUGGUGGAGGUGGAGAAUCCAGAGCACAACGACUUCCUCAAGCUGCGGAUCAUGCUGAUAACUCACAUGCAGGACCUACAGGAAGUGACCCAGGACCUCCACUACGAGAACUUCCGCUCGGACCGCCUCAAACGGGGUGGCAGGUUGUCCUCCCAUGGUUACAUUCUGCCUCUGUCUCCUGCGAAGGGCCCAGAGCCGGAGGAAAUGGACAAGGACAUGAUCCUGCAGGAGAAGGAGGCUGAGCUGAGACGAAUGCAGGAGAUGAUCGCCAAGAUGCAGCUGCAGAUGCAGAAGCAGGGCGACGGAGACGAUGCGUGAGAAGUCAACGGUGUUCGGGCUCUGCUCCAGUUUGACUGAAGACGGAUGAUAGCUGAGAUCAUGUAAAGGCGGUCUGGUUGUUGCCUGCUUGCCACUAUUUUUUAUUCCAGUCCUUUACAGGGUGUGGAGUCAUUUUUUUUAUACAUACAAUGAAGUAUAUUCAAACAGUGUUAUGUUUAUAUAUUUCCACACGGUUCUAUUUCUUUCUUUUAUUUGCUUUUGCCAGUCACUCAAAUGAAAUCAUGUGACCCACCUUCUAAAAGGUGGCAUAUAUCUUGUUACUUUUUUGCUAUUUAGGAAACCAAAGUACUGUUUCUUGUUUUGUGGAACACCUCUGAAAACACGUGCUAACUCAUUUGGGAGAGUGAACUAUGGUGAAAACUGGUAGCUUUUUCAGCCAUUGUUAAGCCCUUUUGGGAUAUUCUUUUUGUUGAGGGAGAACAUCACGUCAUAUUCUCGCUGUCUAAAAAUGACCACUUAAGUUUCCAAUCAGGAGAGUCCACCUCGCUCAGAGAUGAAGAAAUAGCCACAUCAUGGAAUACAAGCCAACCAAGGUCACAUUUCCAGGUGAAUUGUCCCUCCUUUCCUGUCAGUCUCCAUUAGUGCAGUUCUCAGAUCAGUGUAUUUUAAAUAUGAUGGCAUUCUAGUGUUGUUAAGCUCCGUUGAGUUUGGUAUGAGUGAAUUAAACUGUGACCCCUGACCUCUGACAGUCUUCCUAUAGACAAAUGAAGGACUUUCCAAUGAGGUGCUAUGCCUCUGUUCGGUGCUUUCCAUCAACCAGAAGUAAUUCCUCCAUGUCUCCUCUCCAUGUGAAGUGAAGUCAUGUGCCAGACAACGUUGUGUGUGUGAUCGAUGCAGGGAGAGGUAGCAGAUGUCCCUACUGCUGAGUACUUUGUGGUUUCUGUCUCCACAGAGAUUAAAAAAGAUGACCCCAUGAGGUCUGUGUAGCCAACGUUCCCCUCACCAGCCAAGAUGAGUUGUCGACAUUCCUCUGUGCUGUUUUUACCCAAUUUUAAAGCACCAAAUAUUGUUCUUGAUGCAUAUAUUGUAAUAAGUUUAAUAAACUUUAUUAAUCUCUUCUGUGA